AUGGCCACGGUCAACCCCAGCCCAGUCCGCUUGGGCGAGGAUUUCUACCGCGAGGCCAUCGAGCAUUGCCGCAGCUACAACGCGCGCCUGUGCGCCGAGCGGAGCAUGCGCCUGCCCUUCCUCGACUCGCAGACCGGGGUGGCCCAAAACAACUGCUACAUCUGGAUGGAGAAGACGCACCGCGGGCCUGGUCUGGCCCCUGGACAGAUCUACACUUAUCCGGCCCGCUGCUGGAGGAAGAAACGGAGACUCAAUAUCUUGGAGGAUCCCAGGCUGCGGCCCUGCGAGUACAAGAUCGACUGUGAAACACCCCUGAAGAAAGAGGGGGGUCUCCCUGAAGGGCCAGUCCUGGAGGCCCUACUGUGUGCAGAGACAGGAGAAAAGAAGAUAGAACUGAAGGAAGAAGAAACCAUCAUGGACUGUCAGAAGCAACAGAUGUUAGAAUUUCCCCACGAUCUUGAGGUGGAAGACCUGGAAGACGACAUUCCUCGCCGCAAGAAUAAGGCCAAGGGGAAGGCAUACGGCAUUGGGGGGCUUCGGAAACGCCAAGACACAACCUCCCUGGAGGACAGGGACAAGCCGUAUGUCUGCGAUAUCUGCGGGAAACGUUAUAAGAACCGCCCAGGUCUGAGCUACCACUACACCCACACCCACCUGGCAGAAGAGGAGGGCGAGGAGAACGCAGAACGGCACGCCCUGCCCUUCCACCGGAAAAACAACCACAAGCAGUUUUACAAAGAACUGGCUUGGAUUCCUGAAGCCCAAAGAAAGCACACAGCUAAGAAGGCUCCAGAUGGCACAGUCAUCCCCAAUGGCUACUGUGACUUCUGUCUGGGCGGUUCCAAAAAGACGGGGUGUCCUGAGGACCUCAUUUCCUGUGCUGACUGUGGCCGAUCGGGUCACCCAUCCUGUUUACAAUUCACGGUGAACAUGACUGCAGCUGUAAGGACAUACCGCUGGCAGUGCAUCGAAUGCAAAUCUUGCAGCUUAUGUGGCACUUCAGAGAAUGAUGGUGCCAGUCGCAUGGGUCUUACCCUCCAGGACCAGCUGCUAUUCUGUGAUGACUGUGACCGUGGUUACCACAUGUACUGCCUGAGCCCCCCCAUGGCUGAGCCCCCAGAAGGAAGCUGGAGCUGUCACCUGUGUCUCCGGCAUCUGAAGGAAAAGGCAUCAGCCUACAUCACCCUUACCUAG